GUUGGUAAAUUUCUAUGAUUUCAAGUUGACGUGGAAAUUCAGAAAUGAUGUUUUGACAAAAAACAUAAGAAAUUUGAUAUGUAAAUAAAAUUGUCCAUAUUCCUAUGAAUAAAUCUAUUUUUCAGUUGCUUAUAUAAUUUCAGACAUCAUUAGCUAGUUAAAAUGCAUAGGGGUCCCCAGCAGGACCCUGGAGAGGAUCCUCCUCCCCAAGGGAGUUCCUUAGAACAGAGGUCGGAAUCCCCAGAUUUGAAAGAUCAGCUUGAACAUCAACAAGUUGUUAUAGCUCAGUUUAAGGAGAUGUUGCAGAAGACUGAUCAAAGCAGUAGUAUGCAAGAAAAAGUUGAUAGGUAUGCUUCAACCUUAUCAAAGAUGACGAUGAGAGCUAAAAAGAGUAAACUGAAAAAGGAGAGCAGCGGAGGAAGUAGUGAAAAAAGUACUACUAAAUCUGGAAUGGAGACGCCUGUUAAUGAGAAAAUAUCCUUACUUAGACGGCAACUAGAAGAAAACAAAGCUAAAUUAGCAGAACGGGGAAAGAGUCAAAAAGAUAUUGAAGAAAUGGUACUUCAGUUGAAAGCACAAUUUGAUGACUCAUUUCAGCUUAUUCACGAUACUUCCUCAAAUUUUUCUAUUCUAGAACCUAAAACUGAAUAUAAUAAAAGUAGUAGUUCAGAGGAAUUAUAUAAUAUUUUGGUGAAUAAAGAAAAGAGAAUAACUGACCUACAUUCUAAAGUUCAGAAAUUAGAGACAAUGAUACUUGAUUUACAAGAAAAUCUCAAGGAGAAAGAUUGUGUUAUAGAUGCCAGAACUAAAGCUAUAACUCUGAUGUCUGAAAGUCUUUCUAAGAAAAGCAAAAACACUCAAGAUGCUUUGGAUGAAACCAAAGAACACAUGAGGAAAAUGCAAGAAGAUUUUGUUAAGUUGGAAAAUGAGAUGAAAGCUAGGCAAAUGAAAUUGCUUGAUGAUUUAAGAUUGAAAAACUUGGAAAUAGCUGAAUUACAAGAAAUUAAUGAAAAUCUACAGAAAUCAGGAGGAACCGAUAUUUCAGAUGAUAAUACUAAUAAUUUGAAGAAAAACAUGGAAGAUUUGUUACAUAAAAUAGAUUAUUUAGAAGCUACAAAUUCCAAUUUAGAGAAACAAAACAAAGAAUUCUCAAAAGUAAUCGAUGAAGCAGAAGGUUUCAAAUCUCAACUUGAAGAAUCGAGAGAAAGUAGUAAGAUUGAUUUAGAAGCAAAGCAGAACAAAAUUUCCGAACUUGAAGAAAUUAUUGAAGGCCUAAAAUCCGAUAUUUUAAAAAAACCAAAUCUAGAUGAAGACAAGAAGCAGGAUAAUGAAGUGGAGAAACUCAGAAAAGAAUUAGAUGACCUAAACAAGAACAUGAUAAAAGUAAAAGUUGAACAUAAAAAAAAAAUAAAAAAUUUGAACAAGAAAAUUGACAGUUUCAAAAAAAUUGGUGAUCUGAACGCCCAUAUUGUGAAAUUAAGUGAAGAAAACGAUGGUUUAAAUGAACGAAUUGCUGAACUUGAAGAAGAAAAAGGAAAUUAUCAGCUGAAGAUGAUAGAUGAAGUUUCUCCAAGAGAAUCUGAAAUCAGUUCAGAGGAAAUGGAAGUGAAAGUGAAAGAACUGUCAGAGAAAUUGCUGGAAAAAUCUUCUAAAAUAGAAAGCUUGAUUUCAGAAAAUGCGUCUUUGAAGCAAGAGAUCGAAUCAUUAAAUGAAAGACUGUUAGAAUACUCCGGAAUUCAGAACGAAAAGGUAACUUCAGAAAUGUCAUCCAUCCAAUAUGAAGAAAAAUUACAUAAAGAAAUGGAGGAAAUGAAAGCAACUAAAGAAAAAUUAGAAACUGAAAACGUUGAGUUGACAAAUAGAGUUGAAACGUUGAUGAAGGAAAAAUCUGAACUUCAAUCUAAACUAGAGCAGUAUAUACAGGAAAAUAUGGAAUUGAUCGACAAACUAGAAAAAAUGAGUGCUGAAAAAGUGUCUUCGGCCGAAUCUAUUGAAAUUGUUGAAAAUUUGACAAUGCAAGAAAAACUAGAACUUGAAGAAUAUCAAAAAAAUCUGGAUCCUCAGAGUGGAAAGCUCAAAAUGAGCGAAGAACAUCUAGAAGAAAAUCCCGACUUAAACGAUAGUGUGAACCGCUUAACGGAAGAAACAUCGGAACUUCUACAAAAAAUUGAGCUGUUCACUAUAGAAAGGCGUGAAGUUAUGGAGAAAAUGGAUUCUUUAACAACGGAAAAUUCUCAUCUAACUCUUAAACUUAAACAAGUUGAAAAUAAUAGUGAACUAUUAACUGAAACAUAUGAACAACUUCAAAGCGAAAAAGAAAAACUUGACGAAAAAAUAGAUUCUUUAGAAAAGGAGAAUGAAUUGUUGAAACAAAAAAUUGAUACAUUGAAUAAAGAUUAUAAUGUGAGUGAAUUCAACAACUUGAAGGAAAAACUGUUUGAUUUAGAGGGAGAAUACAUCAAGUUAGGAGACGACAAUGAAAAUCUACACAAAGAGCUCAAACGCCAAUCGGAGCUGAUUCAUGAAAAGAAUCGAUUAGAAAUCGAACUCAAAGAAGCAAAUAAUAAAAUCUCGGAGUUUGAGACGCAAUUGUCUGAUAAUCUGGAAGAAAUAAGAACUUACCAAUCGGUGAUAGAAGAGAAUAAAGAAGAAUUUAUAAAAUCUGCUGUUCAAAUCAACGAACUGAAAGAAAUAAUUGCUAAAAAAGAAUCUGAAAUAGAAGGAUUCAAGUCUGAAGUUGAAAAUCUGAAUAAAACAAUCAAUAAUUUCAAUGAGAAAAUAAAUGAACUAGAGAACCAAUGUCAUAGUGGAAAAGAAAAAGAAACAACUAUCGAAAAUAUGGAAAAACAACUGCAUACUUUAAAGAAAGCUUUGGAUGAAAACAUAGGACAAAUCACAGAUUAUGAAAAUGAGUUAGAAGAAAAUUCAAAUCUAAUAAAGAAUCUCAACCAACAGAUGAAGGAGCUCAGUAAUAAAAAUCUGGAGUUGCAGAAUAUUUUGCAUAAUAGAAAUGAGGAACAAGAAAAGACUAUUGAAAAAUUGCAAGGGGAAAUACAAGAACUACAGUCGCAAAUAAGGUCCAAAGAUGAAAUGUUCCACCAAGUAUCUAGCGAGAUGAAGAAUAAGUUCAUUUCUCUUCACAAACAAACUGAUUCCAACACAGAGUCACUGGAGGACAUGAGAGAACCUUUACAGAAAAGAAUAGAAGAACUCACUAACAAAAAUAAUGCCCUUGUGGAAAAAAUGAAAAAACUUGCCGCCAACUUGAAAAAGAAAACUCAAAACUGUCAGGAACUUGAGAAGCAGUUGAAACUAUCCGAAGAAAAAUGGGAAACGGAAUUAAAGGAGAAGGAUUCAUGGAUAAAUGAGGCAAAAGAAGAAAUUAAAGAAUUGAAGUCGAAGAUAGAAAUGUAUCAAACAGAAAUAAACAAUUUGAAACAUGCUAUGGAGCAAAAGAUAGAAAAAGACAAUAUUCAGUGUCAAUCACAUCCAGUUAAAAGUGAAAUGAGUCUUCAUGAUGAACUUUUGGGAAGUAAUUUUGUUCAAGAAACAUUCGCACAACAGGAUGAUGACAACAAAAUUAAAGAAUUGGAACUCAUAGUAGAGACACAACAAAAUGACUUAAGCAGUUAUAAAGAUAGAAUUAGUGCAUUGGAAGAAAUGUUAUCUAAAAUGGAUGAGAAGAAGAAAACUUUAGAACAGAAAACCAAUGAGUUAGGUGUGCAGUUGGCCGAAAAGUCGCAGAGCUUUGAAGAAAUAUCGAAGACUGAAGAUUUACUAGAAGAAAAAAUAACGAAAUUGUCGAAAUACAAUGAAGAAUUAGAGAAAAAACUUGGAGAAAUUUCCGCAAAUAAUCAAAAAUUAACGAACGAAAAUAAUAAACUCAGAGAAUCCGCAAAGAAACUCAAACAAAAACUCAUCGUUGCUCAAGAACGAGUGAACGAACUAUUAUUGGUGAAAGAAAACUCUUUGCAGAUCGAAGAGGAACUCAAUAAAUCAAGAAACCAUAUAAUAACUCUCGAACAAGAUAUCCGGAAGCUUGAACAUGAAAAAGUUGAAUUGCAGGAUUCUGCAAAAACGGAUAUCGAGAAAUUGGAUAACGAUUGGCAAAUUCAAUUCGAUUCGGUGAUGAAGGAAAAAUCAGAACUCUCUAUAUUUUGUGAAAAACUGAAUGAAAGAAUUACUGAGCUAACAGAAACAGAACAAAUUUUAUCGGAUAAAGUAAAGGAGUUAGAAUCCAAACUGGAAAAAAGUUUUGAACUCCAAGAAUCCAGUGAUUUCGAACUGUCAUCACAAAGGAAUGAAAUUCAAGCUCUGAAGGAUGAACUAGAUAGGAAGAAUGAAGAAAUAGAUAAUCAUAUCGUUGAAAUAAGACAUUUGCAGACUUCAAAACAAAUCGAGCUUAACUUUGUGAAUGAGAUAAAGAAAGAAAAUGAGCUUUUGAAAGAGAAAGAGAAUGAGCUGUUACAACAGUUGAAUGCUAUCAAAUGCGAACUUGAAGAAACAAAAAAAGAUGCAGACGAACUCAGAUCAGUCAGUGAAAAACAGAGACUUGAUGCGACCGAACCUUCAAACAAGGAAGAAACGCAAAGUGUUAACCCUCUAUUUUCCUGGACGAGCCAUGAAGAUCCAUUCAGUUUUGUUGAACAACAAACAGCAUCGAUCCUUCAACAACCAAGUGAUUCUUUGGGGACUGUUCAAGAUAAACCGAAGGAAGAAAAGCAACUGGUCAUAGACAAUCCACCAAAUACCGAGGCAGAACUUCAGCAAAAAAUUGAAACUCUUGAAUUCAUGUUGAAAAAUGUGGAAAAUGAAAGAGAUGAAAUAAUGCAUCAGUGCACGCAUUUGUCAAACGAACUCAUGAAUAUGGUAUAUUUGGGUCAAAACCCAGCUGCUUCCCAAAACUUAGAACCGGUAAAUGAGCCUCUAUUCGAGAAGAAAACUGCCUAUUUAUGUUAUCCUGAAGAUAGUGUCGAAGAAAAAGAAGAAGUUUUACAUUCAAUCGAGACACAAGUUGUUUCACAGGAAACUUCUGAACCUUCUCUAAAUGAACUACAAAAUAUCGAAUUCACAAGAACCAGAGAUUUAACCGAUUCUACAAACCCAUUCUUGGAGGAUCCAAUUCAGAGGAAGGAAGCCUAUUUGUGCCACCCUGAUGAUACCAAAGCUUCUGCCGUGCAAGUAGAAUCUUCGAAGCCAUUGGGAAGUAGUCCAGAUGAAAUCAACAUUGAUACUUUCGGUGAAAACGAUGACGGUUGGGGUUGGAGCCCCGAAGAGGCCAAAUUAGAAGAACUACAAAAUCAAGAAUUUGAAAGUAAUCCUCUUCGAAUGAAAAUAAUCGAACUGGAAGACAAAAUCAAAGCUAUGGAUGCUGAGAGCCAAAAUAAACAGAGAGAAUUUCAAGAGUUGCAGGUCAAAUCUGGAAAAUUAAUUAAGAAACUAAAAGAGUUGAAGGUACAAAAUGAAACACUCAAAAAGGGCAAGAAGGAAGAUGACAGUGACAUGUUCAAUUUGGAAAGUGCCAUACAAGAAGAAUUGAAGUCUCAGAUCGAAAUUUUGGAAAAAAGGAUUGGUGAAAUGGUGAAUGAACUGACCAAAGAAAAAAAUGAAAAGCAAACAUUACAAAAGAAAUUAGAGACUCUAUCAUCUACGAACCAAAGAAUGAUAGAAAUGAGAGAAAAACAAGAUAUCGAAAUGUUGAUGUGGCAGAGGAAAACGGAAGAAUUAAAAUCGAAGUUAGAUCAACUUGAGUGGGGAGAGAGUGAAGGAACCCCAGAAAAAUCAAAAAGAAGUAUGAAUUCAGAUAAGGUGAAUGAAACAGAUAUACUGAAACUGCAGAAUACGAUAGCAGAAAUGAAUGAAACUAUCAAAGAACUCACCUUAGACAAUGAAGAACUGCAGGCUUUGUUAGAAGAACAACGAACCCUUCGAAUAACUGCAGAAAAAGCGAAAUCUGUUGAACCAAUUCCAGAUAACAUGAAAACUGAAAGUGAAUAUUUGGAAAUGGUCCAUCAGAAACAAACACUUGAAGUUGAACUCAACAAGGUUAUGGCUGAGAAAGAAAACCUUAAUGAAGAACUCAACCGUAUAUCUUCUCAUAUGAAAACUGAAGAGGAAUUCAAGGAGAUACUUAAUCAAAAACACGAUAUAGAAGAACAACUCAAAAGAAUUAGUUCCGAAAAUGAAAUAUUGCAGAGUGAGCUCAACCAACUUAUCACAAGUAUGAAAAGUGAAGAAGAAUAUAUGGAAGUUAUAAAUCAAAAACAAAUACUUGAGAAAGAACUAAAAGAAGUUACAAUCGAAAAGAUGAAACUCCAAGAAGAUUUCAACAACAUCAUUGAACGAAACAAGGAACAGAACGUAGAAUUGGAAAAUCUCUUGGGAGAGAAAUCACAAAUGGAAAAAUUAAUUGCAGAAAAAAAUAGUAUUGUGGAACAACUCAUGCUCAAUUCAGAGGAAAGUAAAGACAAAACCAAUAAAUUGAAUGAAUUAGAGAAGGAAAAAACUGAAAGCGAACUUAGAAUCCAAGAAUUGACAGAAAAAAUAAAUAAUUUAGAAACAAAUCAACAUGGAGUUAUGUCCCAAAUUGAUGCUCACAUUUCCAACCAAAAAACUCUAGUGGAAGAAAUAAAUGACAAGAACGAUAUCAUUGAAUCGUUACGAAAGGAGAAAGAAAAUUUGUUGCAUGAACUGGACUUCAAGGAUCGUGAAAUAGAAAAUAUGAAAUUGAAAAUUGAGAAUGAAUCUUCAUCUCUGAAGUCCGAAGUUAGUAACCAGAUUCAAAAUAUGGAACACUUGAUUCAAGAAAAUCAAGAGCUUACAUCUCGUCAGAAACAAUUGGAACAGCAAAUUGAAAGUCUCUCUAAGCAAAUUGAGAUGAAAGAAUCAGAAUAUCAGAUUCAAUUAGAGAAGCUUAACCAGGAAUGGCAAAUUCUAGUUGAUCAGCGUGGAAGUGAUGUUGCAGAAAGUUGGAAACUUCAUUUAGACAUGAGAGAAACUGAAUUUGGUGAAAUAGAACAGCGGUUGAAGAAGGAAAUCAACGAUUUGGAAGAAAAAUGCAAUAGUUUGGUAAAUGAAAAUAACGAACUGAGAAAGAAUGUUGACACAGAAAUCAGAAAUGAAGUCGAUCGAAUAUCUGCAUUACAGCAACAAAUUAACGAUCGUCAACAGUAUAUCAAUGAACUAUCGCAAACCCUAAAGGAAAAACAAUUGAAUGUUGAAAAUUUGGAAGAACGAAUUCUUCAACUUCAGAAUGAUGCACGUAGUUUACAAGCUGUGAUUGAAGAAAAAAAUGUUAAAAUAAAUGAAUUAAACAUUAUAAUUGAAACCACACAAAAACAAUUCAAUGAGAAACGAAUCAUCGUCGAGGACAUCGUUAGUAUCUUGGAGGAAAAGAGUUCAUCCCCUAUAUUAUUUGACCUUGAAAGUAUAAAAACAGAACUGAGAAAACAAUUGGAUGGUGCUAUUAGUCCAGGUGAAUUAUCUAGCUUGCAGAAAGACUUAAUUGAAAAAGAUUCCAUGAUUUCUAGUAUAAAAAAGGAAUUAUCAGCGAAAGAAGAAGAAAUUGCUAAAUAUGAGGAAACAAUAAAUAGAUAUUCGAGGGAAAUUGAAAAAUUGAAAGAACACAUUGCGAACUCCAAUUCAGAAGAUCAACUGAGGUAUUUGAAUGAUGAGCUUAAGGAUAAGGAAGUACACCUGUUGAAUAUACAAACAGCUCUCAGUACAAAAACGAAAGAACUGGAAGAGUCUCAGCUAUUUAUUGAAAGAUAUAAAUCAGCUUUGGAAGAAAAUGAAAAAGGAAUUAAAGAACUAAGUGAUAGAUUAGCAGAAAAAGAAGGCAUUAUUUCAAAUUUGAACUAUCAGCUUGAGGAAACUAGAAACUUGAGAGCAAGUGACGAUGAAAAUACUCAAAAUUUGCAAUAUAGUCUUCAACAAUGUCGGAUGCAGUGCGAUCAGUUGAGAUUAACUUUAGAUGAAAAAUGUUCACUAAUUGAUGUAAUGAAUGCGGAACUCGAAAAACAACACAGUAUCCAUGUGGAACGGGAAACUACCAUGGAGAAAUUAAAGUCAUAUGUUGAGGAAUUACAUAACACACACACCAGUGAAAAAGACUUAAUAGAAAAAUCUAAAAAUGAAAUAAUAGCUGCACAAGAUCAGGAAUUGGGCAACUUACGAAAUCAACUGAGUCAGUCGCAAAUAUCUUAUGAUGAACUUAAAAAAGAGAAAGAGAUGUCCCAAGAGUCUGUUGACUAUUUGCAGUCGCAAAUUGAAGAACAGAGUAAGAACAUUGUAGAAUUAAGCUCUCAAAUAGAAUCCUAUAAAAAACUCAAUAAUGAGCUGAGUCAUAACCUGAACGAAUUAGAGGAACUUCAAAAGAAAUACGAAGAGCAAAAUAUUCUUUUGAAUGAGGAAGAAAAACAAAUAGACGAACUCAGAGCAAUCAUCGAAAAUCAAGUAGUGAAAAUCGAAGACCUGAAACAGAAGCUGUACGAGAAGAGCAAUGAUUAUGAUUCUUUGAUUGCGGAACUGGAUAUUAGGAAGAGUGAUUUCACGGUCGCGGCUGAAGGAACUAGGCCACCGAUGGGCCAGGGAAAACUUAUAGGGCCUUCAUCCUCAGAUGAUUUAAAUGAAUGGGUAACUAGAUCAGAACUGGACAUCGCUCUCUAUAUGUUACAUCAGAGGGAUGUGCGAUGUGAAGAAUUGACGGUGGAGUUGACUCAACUGUUGGAAGAAAGAGACACCCUUCAACUUCGGCUUUCGAAUGCUUUGAGAGAAAAAGAAGAGUACAAAAGAGUUAUGUCUGAUGGCGGGAAAGAGACUGACAUAAUUUCAGGUGAUAUAAAAAGCUCGCCAUCUAAAGGUGCAAUACCCAAGGGAAAAGUAUCAGAUAUUGUUCUGAGCGCUAGUGGGGCUGAAGUAGCCAUGGAAGCACAAGAAUCCUCCGUGAAUAUAUCGGAAAAUCAACUCGAAAAUAAAUUAUCGGAGCUCAAAAACAUAGGUUACAGAAGAGAUAAAACUCUACUGGAUGAACAGCAACAAAGAAGGUUGCAACAGUUGUCAUUUAUGCAACAACACAUGGAUGAAGCCUCUAAGUUGCCUCCUGAAGCAGCCGCUCGAUUAGUUGAUGCCAACUAUACCCUAUCUCGUGAUGUUCAGAGUCCUUCCAAAGUCCUUCUGAAUUGGUUGUGGGGGCGGAGCACUCCAAAAGUUAAUGAUUUAUAAGUAGUGUAUAAUAUAUAUAAUUCGUGCCUAACUUUUAUAAAUGUGGUUUAGUGAAAAUGUGCGAGUGAAAAAAACCUAGAUAAGCUAUUAAAAAUUUUGUAAAAAUUUUUAUGCCUUGUUUAAAAUUGUAAUAUAAGAGCAUUUAUCUUUCGAAAAUGUGUAUAUGUUAAUAAAUAUAAUUUUUAAUGGAA